AUGGCGAACGAGCCGGCCCAGGUGCGCAUCCAGCUCACGACGCGCCACCCGGACAUCGCUAUCCCCCAGAAUCCCGGCGAGCUUCUAGUCUCGACUUCCCUCCGCCGCUAUGCCCUGUCGACCCUCGUCAACGAUUUACUCGAGACCCCGCGGCCGGUUCCCUUCGAGUUCCUCAUCAACGGUCAAUUCUUGCGCGCCUCGAUAGACGACUUCUUGACCGCGAACGGCAUCUCCGCCGAGACCACCCUCACCGUCGAGUACGUGCGCGCUCUGGUCCCGCCGGUGCAUGUCGCCUCCUUCGAGCAUGACGACUGGGUCUCCGACGUGGACGUUCUGUCGGCGCAAUCGCAAGCGGCGCAGUGGAGCAAGCAGACCGUGGCUACCGGCCAGGAGAGAGUACUGUCGGCGUGUUACGACGGCCUGCUGCGCGUCUGGGAUCCUUCAGCUUCGGAAGUUUUGGCGACUUCGCCGGCAACGGGCGGCCACACCUCCUAUGUUACCUCUGCGAAGUUCCUAUCCCCGACGAGCAUCGUCUCAGCCGGCGCGGACCGGACGCUGCGUGUCUGGAAAUACAGCGAGGGCCAAGGCGACUCCCUGAGCUCUUCGUCUUUCACUCCGACUCUGGAGCUGUACGGUCACAAGGCUAGCGUGGACAGCGUUGCCGUUCACACGCCCUCUUCCCGCAUCCUCUCCGCUUCCGCUGACGGCAGCGUUGGCGUCUGGAGCACAACGCCCGCCGGUGCACCUGCUGCCCCUGCGAAUCUGUUGCCCAGCGCCUCCACUCAUUCCAACAAACGUCGAAAGACGACUUCGAAAGACUCGCAACAGGCCUCCGGUAAACCUGCCGCUCAACGUGGUCCUCUUCAAAUGCUCCAUGGGCACACCGCUCCCGUCUCUGCCGCCAUCUUUGCACCCACCGAUCCGACCGUCGCCUACUCAACUUCUUGGGACCACACCCUACGCACCUGGGAUAUACCCACCGGAACAUGCGUCGACACCCGCACUACCGCACAAUCUCUGCUCAGCCUGUGCGCUCUUCCGGAACUGCGCUUGCUGGCCGCUGGCACCAGCGCGCGCCACAUCACUCUCUUUGAUCCGCGCGUCGAUGCCCGUUCCGUCGCUGCACUGACUCUCCGUGGCCAUUCUAAUGCCGUUGUUGCGCUGGGACCGCGACCUGGGGAUUCAUACGGACUGGUGAGCGGUAGUCAUGACGGAACGUGCAGGAUAUGGGACGUCAGAAGUGUGAAUGCGGGUGUCAAGACUGAUGGCGAUGCUGGCGGCGGUCAGAUUGGCGAGCCGGUGUACCGGAUCACACGAGAGAGCGUUGAAGGAGACAGCGAGAGAAGAGUAGGCGGUGAUGGCGUCAAGGUGUUUGGCGUUGCCUGGGAUCAGGAAGUAGGUAUCGUGAGUGGCGGCGAAGAUAAGAGAGUGCAAAUAAACCGUGGGGAGGAUAUUUCCGGCCAUGAAAAGGUGUAA